AUGACCUCGGAUUCGACUCUGCUACAUCGCCCAACCGAGGCUCUUAUCCUCCCGACCAAGCGACGCUUCUUCCCGUUCAAGAUCCCCAACUUGUUCGUUGAUCAAUCCGACUCAUCUUCCCUUCGCAACUACAUUAGCACUGCUGAUUCCGAUCGCAUUUAUGUCGUGGUCGAGAGAACCGUAUGGUCAAUACACAUAUCGGCACAGAAGCGUGAGAGUCUAGCGGUGAUCCCAUUUGAGCCUCGCUGUCUGGUCGCUGCGCAUGGUUGGAUAGUAGUGGGGGGGCCAGAAAAUGGUGAAUGUGCUUUCAUUCGCAUCGGUGAUCAUGGAAUGCAAGUCUAUGACGAUGCGCCCUUCCAAACCGAUGUGGAUAGUGCGCUCCCGCUCGAUCUCGACCCACCGUCAAGCAUGACUUCGCCGGGUGAUUUCAAUGGGGAAUCUGCAUCAACCCGGUAUCGAAGCAACAGAGCAUCCCCCGAAGUAGAGCUCCACAGGUUUGGUGGGAGCAUUGUCAAUUCAGUGGCUAUCCAUCGUUUUUAUGGUGGCAACGAGGACUUGGCAGAUGAAGAUGUCGUGGUUCUGAGCAAUAAUGAUCGGACAGUCACGGUAUAUUCGCUGACUCGCGCGAAAGUAUUGAAGGUCCUUCAUCAUCCGACUUGUAUGAACUAUGCAACGGUUUCCCCGGAUUCUAAACUACUCACGGCAGUAGGAGAUGAGAAUCACGCCUAUUUUUAUGAAAUCACUCGUGACCUUGAAUCUUCUGGGACAACUGCAUCUGGAGAAAAGCUCACCGGGUGGGAAUGGGAGCUUAUCAAUCGCUUGGAGAUGAACAUUGGUCUCCGGGCGGAUGAUGCGUGCUGCUUCACUGUCGCUUUCUCGCCAUCCAGUCGCUUGUGCGCCAUUGGAUCACAAUCUGGGAUCAUCACGAUUAUCGACCUUGAGUCUAUCUACAAAAAUUUUGGCGAUUCUGAAGACGACUCCGCUAUUCUUUGUCAAUUCCCGGCGUCAAGAUCAUGUGCUGAGGGUGGUGCAGUUCGUUGUAUGGCCUUUUCACCCGAGCCAUGGGACCUUCUUGUAUGGCUGGAGGGCCACGGCAGAGCCGGUGUGGCCGACGUUCGCCAACAUUUUAUGCGCAGGCAAAUACUCUCUUUAGAUUCCAAUGACUCGCAAUUGCAGGAAGUGUACACGGAUCUUUCGACGGAGAAUCUCGAGCGACAUCCCCUGAACGAUGACCUUUUGGAGACAAGUCCCCGCGACAGACUUGAUCACGAAGAUUUCCAGAUUGAACGGAACGGAGAGGGCACAGAGCAGUCGUCUCUGCGAGAAUCUUUGAUUCAAGAUCUUACCGAGAGGGAACGGUUGAUUAUGGAGUUUUUGAACACGGCGCGCUGGACAUCGCGACUGGAAGAAGGACUUACUGAACGACCAGAACGCCCAGCUAGGACAAGCCUUCAACCCCAACCAGUGGCUCGGCCGCGGAAUCACGGUUCCACAGAUAGUGCCACUCGCACUCAUCGUCCUACUACGCCACCCCUGCAUCACUAUGAUUCUUCUGAUUUCUCCCGAGAUAGCCAUUUGGGCCGCACUCUAUCUAAUCCAAGACGUCGGAGCUCGGUGGUGGUAUCUCAAGGGAGUCGACCUUCGGAAGCGACGUCCUCUCCCCAUGAUCGCCAAUCGGGCAUCACCCUUAGUUAUUCCACCUCGCAUUCGGAGCUUACACCACUCCGGUCAGAAAUUACCUCUCGGGCUGGUGCCAAUCCUGAAGUAGUCAACAACGAAACUAUCAUUCCAACUGAAGCGACUAGAUCUUCUAAUCCAAGUCUCGACAUCCAUGGCUUGACUCACCGAUCCCAGCAACCAAGCUCUAUCCCCCGGCGCAUUGAACGGCCACAAACCGGAGCAGAAAGAAGAUAUGAUACUUCACGUCUCACCACAUAUGAGAUUCGUGCCAAUGUCGCUGCUGAACGGCUUCGACGCCAGCGCCAGAUUGCCAAUGAGGUACACAACCGCUCCUUUGAAAGAGAACAACGGCAUCGCCAACAGCUUCUCGGGUUUGAGCAGACACAUUCCCCCCGCUGGAUCAGAAACAUAAUCAAUGAACUCCCUGAUCGAAAUUCAAUGCAUGGCCCCGGCGCCGAGGAACCAGAUUCUACUGCUGGUGUUGGCUGGGGCACCGAUGGACGCACAUUGUACAUUGCUACACUGGAGGGAAUUUUCGAAUUUACACUGAACAUUCAUGAUCGAAAAACAUUCCCUAUAUUCUCUUGCCGUUAA